GCAAACCGAAGGUUAUCAUCUCCUCUUGAUCGCUUGAGAUGGCAGAGUAUAUCAGAGACCGGCCGCCGCAGCAGAUGCAGAUGCAGCAGCAGCAGCAGCCGAUGUCGCAUACGGUGGUGAAGGCGGCGACGGCAGCGAUGGCGGGAGGGUCGAUGCUGGUUCUGUCCGGGCUGACGCUGGCGGUGACCGUCAUCGGCCUGACGGUGGCGACGCCGCUGCUGGUCAUCUUCAGCCCGGUGCUCGUCCCCGCCGCGAUGGCCGUCUUCCUGGUUGCCACCGGCUUUCUCACCUCCGGGGGCUUCGGCCUGGCGGCCCUCUCGGUGCUGUCGUGGAUGUACAAGUACCUGACGGGGAAGCACCCGCCGGGAGCCGACCAGCUCGACCAGGCCCGGCAACGCCUCGCCUCCAAGGCUCGCGACAUUAAGGAGUCGGCGCAGCAGCGCAUCGACCAGGCCACCCAGUGAUCACAACAUGCUCUCCCAUCUGUAAUAAUGGACAUGAACAACGAUGCCAACCCUAAAACCCUUCUACCUGCAGUUCGUGUCUUCCCUUUUUCUCAUGUAAUGGCUCUAUUUCGUCCGUUAAAUGCUACCGUUGCUUGUUUCUAAGGUAAAUUAUCGUGUCUU